AUGGUGCGGUUGCCGAACGGGCCCGUGGUCACGGCGCCGCCGCCGUUCCAUGUCUACCUCCCCGGCGAGCGGCCCAACGAGAAUAGGGGCCCCGAGCUUCUCGCAACGUCCAUCUCCCUCACCGCGCUAGCCUUAACCAUCGUUGGCAUGCGGCUCUACGUGCGCAUCAGGAUCAUCAACAGUCUGUUCACAGAUGACUACCUCAUGGUUCUAUCGGCGCUCUCCUUUGUCGCAAUGACCGUCCUUGUCGUUAUCCAGGCCGAAAAAGGCGCGGGCAGGCAUAUCGAGUACAUAGGCAAGGCCGAUUUCGUUGCCGCGCAGCAUGCCAACUUUGCGACCCAGCCCAUCUGCCUCGCUUCGAUCGGCCUCGCGCGGCUGAGCGUCGCCUGCUUUCUGCUUAGGUUCGCAUCAUCCAGGGUGUUCAAAUGGAUCAUCUGGGCAACCAUGGGCCUCAGCGUCGCGUUGACGCUGCAGGGAGUCUUGCAUGGAGACGAGCUUCCUCCUCGCCUCGUCCCUGAGCAACGCGGCCCUCUCGCCGUCAUACCCAUCCCCAUGUUGUGGAACGUGCAGAUGAACUGGAGGGUCAAGUCGGCAGUUAUGGGCAUCCUGUCGCUUGGAUUCUUAACCGUGACAGCGGCAAUCUUGAAAACAAUGUUCAUGACGAAAUGGGGGCUAAAGGGCGACUACAUGUGGGACAGCACCGACAUCACCAUCUGGUACAACGUGGAGAUCUCGGUCGCCAUCAUCGCAGGCUCAAUCCCCUGCCUCAAGCCCCUGUUCAAGCGUAUGCUGGCCAGCACGGCGCGGUAUGGCUACAGCGGCAGCAAGGGCGCGACGCCCGCCGGCCCCGGCUACAUGCGCAGCCGGGGCAAGCCCUCCCCCGGCGCCGGCGGGCGGUCCACCCCGAGCGGGUCGCGGCCCGAGAGCAAGGCGCGGGCGGCGGGUCGGAAGGCGGACCCGUACGCCGCCGCCGCCGCCGCCGGCCGUCCCUACCAUGGCGGCCGCCUCGGCGUGGAUUACAAGGUGCCGAUGGAGACGGUCUCGGAGGGGAGGCCCUCGGACGACAUCAUCAUCCAGAAGCACGACGACGAGCGGUCGCUGUCACCGUGCUCGCCGUACGGGAUGCAGCACCGCAUCGUGACGACGACGCAGAUCACCGUGGCGGUGGAGGAGCAGGAGAGGCGCGUCAAGGAUAUGGUCUGA